AUGGAACAGAAGGGACCUCUGCAGAACAUGAAGGUCCAGAACAACAAGUCUCCCUGCUGGCAGCACCGGGCCUACAUCUGGUUCUGGACCAUCUGCCCUGGAUUCAGACCGAGGCCCUGGAUUCAGACCCAGGCCCUGGAUUUAGACCUAGCCCCUGGAUUCAGACCCAGGCCCUGGAUUCAGACCGAGGCCCUGGAUUCAGACCGAGGCCCUGGAUUUAGACCCAGCCCCUGGAUUCAGACCCAGGCCCUGGAUUUAGACCCAGGCCCUGGAUUCAGACCCAGCCCCUGGAUUCAGACCGAGGCCCUGGAUUCAGACCCAGGCCCUGGAUUUAGACCUAGCCCCUGGAUUCAGACCCAGGCCCUGGAUUUAGACCCAGCCCCUGGAUUCAGACCGAGGCCCUGGAUUCAGACCCUGGCCCUGGAUUCAGACCCAGGCCCUGGAUUCAGACCCAGGCCCUGGAUUCAGACCCAGGCCCUGGAUUUAGAAACAGGCCCUGGAUUCAGACCCAGGCCCUGGAUUCAGACCCUGGCCCUGGAUUCAGACCCAGGCCCUGGAUUCAGACCCAGGCCCUGGAUUCAGACCCAGGCCCUGGAUUCAGACCCUGGCCCUGGAUUCAGACCCAGGCCCUGGAUUCAGACCCAGGCCCUGGAUUCAGACCCAGGCCCUGGAUUAAGACACGCUGCAGCUUGGCCCUCAUGACCCGGCUCGGUCCAGGGUGUUCUGCACGGUAAGCUAACGGUUAACCAGGUAGAAGCAGGUGUGAGCUCCGGCUCAAACACCUCACCUGUUCAGGUGUUGUUGACAGGUUUGUAUAAUGAGGGGGUGGAGUCACAGCUCUACCUGUCCUCUCGGCCCCUCUGACACGCUGCUCCUGACUGCACAUCAUCAUCAUCWUCAUCUUCGUCUUCGUCAGUGUGUCCCGAUGUGUUGGUCGGCGUCUUGUUGAUGGUAAUUUAUUGUUCAUGUAAUCAAAUCCUGCCAUGUGCUCGGCGUUCGCCCGGCGGCACGUUCCGUGUUAAUUAGGCUGCGGAGGAACAGUGUGGAAGGAGAACGCAGAGCAGAGACGUGGAAAGUUGUUGACAGACAAUCAACUUCUCACUUUCAGAGGAGCUAGGAGGAGAAACGAUGGUGGCAAACGGCUGCAGAUCUGCAGCCAAGCUGAGCCUGUUUGGUGUCAUUAGCAAGUUUUUUUUUGACUGUGUGGAAAGAAGGAUAUUAAUACGAUUUAUCAUCUCAACUUAUGAACAUAUGAAUCAGUGUUUACUGACGAUGUGCAGCCAUGCCUGCAGGGACAGGCUCAGUGUGUCCUCACAGCAUGGUCCAUCCCAAAUCUGGUUCUGUGUGAUGGUUCUACAGGUUCUGUUUGAUGGUUCCACAGUCUCAGUGUGUCCUCACAGCAUGGUCCAUCCCAAAUCUGGUUCUGUGUGAUGGUUCUACAGGUCCUGUGUGAUGGUUCUACAGGUUCUGUGUGAUGGUUCUACAGUCUCAGUGUGUCCUUACAGCAUGGUCCAUCCCAAAUCUGGUUCUGUGUGAUGGUUCUACAGGUCCUGUGUGAUGGUUCUACAGGUUCUGUUUGAUGGUUCUACAGGUUCUGUUUGAUGUUUGUACAGGCUCAGUGUGUCCUCACAGGAUGGUCCAUCCCAAAUCUGGUUCUGUGUGAGGGUUCUACAGGUUCUGUGUGAUGGUUCUACAGGUUCUGU